AUGAAGAACGGUUCAAACGAUAAUAAUGUCUCGUCAAAUUUUCUGAAUUUUGACCAAAAGACGAACGAGAGUCAACAUUAUUGGUACAAGCAUCUGAAUGAUGCCGACAGAAUGCUGAAAAGCAAGACAGAUGUCUUGUCCCGUCUACUGAAGAUGCAUAUAGAUCAAUUACGAAAUGAGACUGAUCAGGUGGAAAUGGUGUUCCUGGUGGACGCAUCCGGCUCGGUUGGCGCAGAAAACUUUCGCAGCGAGCUAAGCUUUGUGACGAAGCUUCUGUCGGAUUUUACGGUGGACGCGAUGGCUGCACGGGUCGCCCUGAUUACCUUCAGUGGUCGAGGCAGCGUAUAUCGCAACGUUGAUCAGAUCUCUAGGCAUGGACCCAACGAUCACAAGUGUUACUUGCUGAACAAACAGUUCAACAAUAUCACCUACAGCGGCGGAGGAACUUAUACACGCGGCGCGCUUCUCGAAGCAUUAGCGAUUCUUGAAAAGAGUCGUGAAGCGGCGAGCAAGAUGGUGUUCCUGAUAACUGACGGCUUCAGCAACGGCGGCGAUCCGCGUCCCGCGGCCCACUUGCUGAAGAACACAGGUGCGACCGUGUUCACGUUUGGAAUACGCACGGGAAACGUAGAGGAGCUGCACGACAUCGCCAGUCAUCCCGGAUACACGCACAGCUACCUCCUCGAUAGCUUCGCGGAGUUCGAGGCUCUAGCGCGACGCGCUCUGCAUAACGACUUGAAGACCGGGCAGUACGUGGCCUUGACUUUGCCAACCGAUUGCAACAGCCUCUGCUCGAACAACAUGAACCGAACUUGCUGCGACGAAUUGGCAAUCUGCACCUGUGGCACCGCGACUGGCCACUACGCCUGCAUUUGUCCUCCCGGCUAUUUCGGUUCCGGUCUCAGAGGUUUCUGCCAACCUUGCCCGAACGGAACAUAUGCUUCCGCGAACACUUCUGGGGAUUCCACCGCUGCAUGCAUACCCUGUCCAGACGUGAAUCACGUCACUAUCAAGGUCCCCGCGACCUCGAUACUUGACUGUAUCUGUGCCUCUGGAUUUACCACGGAUGGUUACGAAUGCGAGGCUAUAAUGUGUCCGAAAUUGAGAAUCCCCGACAAUGGAUACUUAGUGAAGGCGAGCGCUUGCAGCAACGUGGUGCACGCGGCGUGUGGCGUAAGAUGUAGAAUCGGUUUCCAUCUUACGGGGGACAGUAUCCGGCUUUGCGGCAAAGACGGCGCUUGGUCCGGCAACGAACCGCAGUGCUUGCUGAAGACGUGUUCGGCUUUACGCUCGCCCAUACAUGGCCGCGUGAAAUGCGAGCACGACGAGGAUUAUCAGCAUCAAUUUAAGGAAAAUUCCACCGUGUAUCCGAUCGACACACGUUGCCAGUUUCGGUGCGACGUCGGCUAUCAACUUCGUGGAAGCAAAGUACGCAACUGUUUACCUUUAUCCCGUUGGGACGGCCUGAAAGUUAUAUGCAAAGCUGUAAAAUGCGAACCUUUACCGCAAAUCACGAACGGUGACAUCUUCCCAGAGAUUUGCACCGGCCCAGCAAAGGUGGCCUUCGCCACCAAUUGCACGAUCACAUGUAACGAAGGCUUUAUCUUGGAAGGACCAACUAACAGAACGUGCAUCGGACGCACUGGAAUUUGGUCCCAGCGUCACAGCGUCAAUCGAUGCGUGGACAAAACGCCGCCUUCUUUGGAGUGUCCGGCUGAGAUCGCCGAGGAGACUGAGAAAGGACAGAGUUACGCGUACGUGAACUGGACGGUGCCUAAGGUGACUGACAAUGCAGAUGCAUCUCCCAUCUUGUGGACGAAACCGCACAUCGUCCUACCCUGGAAGGCAAAAAUCGGUACACGAGUUGUUACGUACGUGGCACAAGACGCGAGCGGCAACAAAGCCAGAUGCAAAUUUAAAGUUAAAAUUCUUGACAGAGAAUCACCAACAAUCGAGAACUGCAUCGAUCCACCAAUAUUCUACACCGAUUUCGGUAGCGGUCUCGCGAACGUGACGUGGGACGAGCCAGUCUUCUACGACAAUUCAAGGAUUGCCGUACGCGUCAAUCAAAGCCAUCAACCUGGCCAGGAUCUCCUCUUUCCAAUCGGCCUUACGAAGGUCUUCUAUAACGCGACCGACAAGUACAGUAAUCGGGCAAGUUGCGUGUUGAAUAUUACUGUAGAAGAUGUUUGUAAAAGUCUGAAAGCACCCGUAAAUGGACGACUGAACUGUUCUUCGUCAAACGAUCGCGAAACACAAUGCGUCGUAAUUUGCGAGGAUGGCUAUGACUUUGCAAUCGAACCAAUUAAUUUUAAUAUCGUUAAUGACGAAUUGCUAUUGAAAUGUAACUCGAACAAUCACAUGUGGGAUAGUAAUCAUCUGCCAGAAUGUUUAGAGACGCAAACACCUAUAACAACUCAAGAGGGGAAUGUAAUAUUACAAAGCAACGGAAGCACGAUAUGCGACAAUCAAACUACUUUUGGUGAAUUAAGUAAGCAUAUUACUAACGACUUGAAAUCGAAAUUCCUGGGAAUAUGCGAUAAUAGCAUCGAGUGCGAUCUUAUCAUCAGCUUCGACCCUAAGUGCGAAGACAAUCUGUCGUUGUCGAAAGAUAUCGAGGACAACCUAAUAAGAAGACGAAGAUUCGGGCCCGAAUACAAACAAGUUCGAUCCAUCGAUACAUUUAAAGAUACUGAAACAAUAUUGUUCAAAAGGUUGAAACGUGUAGCUAUAAGACUGAGUCCCGAGCCUAACAAAAAUAACACCAGAUCUAAACGGAAAAAAAAUAGAAUAGAGAUUAAAUUUAAGUUUAUAGGUAAAAUAAUAGAAGAGAACUAUGAGAAUCCAAAACGAGGAGUGCAGAAGCUUAGAGAGAAGAUCGAUGCAAUGACGCAGGUGGGAAAAUUAAACUUGUUUGACAACAGAACCAACCAGGAGAUCGCGAAACUCGCUUUGAAUCUGCACUUUGUAUUCAAGGAACCACAAGACCUUUGCGAUCGCGGUAGUGUGCUAAAAAGACACGGUUGUGUUAAAUGCUCUGCGGGCACUUUCUACAAUUCCUCUACUAGAAUCUGCCAGCCAUGUCCGUUUGGUCAAUACCAGGAUGCGAUCGCUUCAUUGACGUGCUUACCUUGUCCGGAAUACACCUUCACGAAGAGGAUGCACGCGAAAUCUUUGAAAGAUUGCAUUCCUAUAUGUCGACCAGGAUAUUAUUCUCGGCGCAAACGCUACCACGGAUCACAUGUAAGCAUGAAGCCUUGUUUCGCGUGCGACUUUGGUUUCUAUCAGCCAAACUACGGAGAGAGUCAAUGCUUGCCUUGUCCAUCGAACGCGACGACGGAAAAACGUGGUUCCAUAGAUAUCAGUGAUUGUCUACCGAUCCGCGAUGAAGAAAUCGACGACUGCCGGACAGAUCCGUGCUUAAACGGCGGUCAAUGUCUACGAGAGGAGAGUGGCUACAUUUGCGAGUGUCACGAAUAUUAUGUGGUAUCAAAAUGCGAGAAGUUCAAGGAUCCAUGUGACUCCUCACCAUGCUUAAACGAGGGAACGUGUACAACACAGCAGCAUCCGAAUAAUUCCAUAACGUACGAGUGUGCGUGUAAAAGCAGUUACACGAGUAAUAACUGUGAAAUUUAUGUGGAUGAAUGUUAUACCAAUCCCUGCCAGAAUGGUGGAAAAUGUAUGAGCACCGAGAAUGAUUUCAAUUGUGAGUGCAGAGACGGAUUUGAAGGUCAAUUCUGCGAGGUUUCGAUGGAUCAUUGUGAGCACAUGCCCUGUGAGGAGGGAUCCGCGUGCCGUACUGUGAACGGUACCUGGCAAUGCCUCUGCAAACCCGGUUUCCUGGGCCGACAUUGCAAUCUGUUACCUUGUGACUGGCUGCCAUGCCACGUGAAUGCGAUUUGCGUCAAUGUCAAAGUGGAGAACGCAACGCGAAAGAGUUACAGGUGCGAAUGUCCCGACGGAUACAUAGGAGAGGAUUGUGCGACCAAGAUCGAUCACUGCGAGACCUCACCCUGCUUGAACAACGGGCGUUGCAUCAACUUCGUUCACGAUUAUGUCUGCGAAUGCCCGAUUCCUUUUACAGGACGCGACUGCGAAACUGAACUAUCGUCCGAUUAUGUAAUGCACUUCACCAAGUCCGGUACAACAGAUUAUGUAGCCGUCAAAGGACCUGUAAAAAAUCUUCUCCAGCUGUCCGUUUGCCUAUGGUUGCAAUCAUUGGAUACUUUCAAUUAUGGUACAAUAUUAUCAUACGCAACGAUGUUUUACGACAACGCCUUCACACUGACGGAUUAUAACGGAUUGGUUUUGUACAUUAAUGGGGAGAAAAUCGUCACCGACAUUAAAGUCAACGAUGGUAACUGGCACUUUCUAUGCGUUACUUGGGAAAGCGACCGUGGCUCCUGGCGUAUAUUCGUCGAUGGAAUCCUUAAAGACAGCGGCGUCGGUUUGGCUCAGGAAGCCGUGGUGCAAGCCAACGGAUCCCUCAUUAUCGGGCAGGAACAGGAUCGCCUGGGUGGUGGUUUCUCUGAAUCGGAGGCGUUCCUGGGGAGACUCGGCUUAUUGGACAUAUGGGACGUCAUUUUGAACGAGAGUAAUGUCACGAAACUAUGGACCACCUGCGAGAAGUAUCACGGAAACCUCGUGUCCUGGGUACAGUUGCGGCAGUACAUUCACGGUGACGUCGUGAUUUUAGCCAGUUCGUUUUGUCACGGCUGUCCUAUGCCCGUAGUGCCUUUCCAGGGUAACAUUAAAGUGAGCGAGGAUUUGUCUGAGGUAACAUACUACUGCGAUAAUGGAUACGUAGUUCGAUUCGGCAAUGAAGAAUACCGAUCCCUCAGAAGAAAAUGCCUCAAGCAUGGCCAGUGGGAGGGAUACGACAUACCGAUCUGCAUCAAAAUAAAAUGCGGCUUCCCGGGAUAUUUUCCGCGCGGACGUAUUCACGGAGAAUCAUAUUUGUUCGAAGACGAGAUAUAUUAUUCUUGUAACGAGGGCUACGAACUCCGCGGCAACCCUCAUCGCAUUUGCAAUUUCGACGGAAAAUGGAAUGGAUUGCCUCCGAUCUGCAUAGGAACGACGUGUAAAAAUCUACUCGCCCCAGAAAAUGGAGACAUAGAAUAUAUAUUAGAGGAAAACGAGAGAGACGAUGUCACAAUAUUACAGGCUGGCCAGCAAUUGGAAUUCAAGUGUAAUCCUGGAUACCGUUUAAUGGGAGAGAGGUAUUUGACCUGUCUAGAUACUGGCAUCUGGGAUCAUAAAAGACCGUCUUGCACGCCUUAUGGAUGUUCCUUACCGAAACAAAUAGAGCAUGGUUACAUCAUCUCUUCGAAUUUUGGUCAGACCUCCAUUCGCAAUCUCGAACGUAUGAUCGACGAUCCCUCCAAAAGAAUAUAUCGCUAUAACGACAUUGUUGGAUUCUCUUGUCAUCGCGGUUACAAGUUUCACAGUAAUCAUAAUGUGACGGAAUUCAAGCUGCAAUGUUCCGCGAAUGGCACUUGGACAGGCUUUGUUCCCAACUGCAUUCCGCGCACGUGUCCCUGGCCGGAUCGCGUAGCAAAUGCGAGAAUCUUCCUCAAGAAACGAGACAAUAUCACGAUCGAAACUCCGAUAGAAGAGAACGUUACAUGGAAAUCCGAUCGAAAAAGAAGUAAUGAGAGCGACGCGAAAAGCAGCAUCUCUCCGGAAACGUUUGUUUCCGGUGCAGAAAUAGUUAUUGUCUGUGAUCCGGGAUAUGAACUAGUCGGGGACCCGACCAAAACGUGUACCGAGGAGGAGAAAUGGUCUUCGACUUCCACUUUUUGCAAACAGCGUAAUUAUUCAAUCGAGAAACAUCCAAUUUUUAAAUUUUUUAAAAAACUGAGUAACGAAACCAACUUGGAGAACAGCAACAUAGACUUGACAUCGUUCGAAUUAGAUGAAAAACGGUACAGCAAAGAAAACGUUACGCACCAAUACAAAGAUUUCGACAUUUUUGUCGAAAAAAACGGUUACGAGCGACGGAUAGUUUUAACGUGUCGAAAUGGUGCACAAAUGAAUCUUCACAAAUUAAUUCCCAACAAGAUGAUUUCUAAUAUAACAUGGACGUGCAAUAAUAAGACCGCAAAAUGGGAAGUUUCAAAUCCGUUAUUGAAAGAGUCCAUCCUCGAGCAGUUGCUGAAUGAUUCGACAGACACCUGCAAUAAAUCGUGUGCACCUCCACAAAUACCGGAGUAUGGAUACAUCGACGGAAACAACACUGACAACGUUAACAAUCGCAGGACGAUUAACAGCGUCGUCAUUUUUAAAUGUCGUCACGGAUAUAUUCUUGAGGGUGACGAGCAAUCUAUUUGUUUAUCGGACACUAGAUGGUCCGCUUUGCCUUCUUGCAAACCUGUUGUAUGCGGAAAACCGCCAAUUCUCGCUAACGCAGUGCUAAAGAGUGACGUGGACAAAACUCAGAAUUAUACUUUCGGCAAUAUGAUCUCUUAUCAGUGUGUUCCGGGCUAUCGUGUAUUCGGACAGACGAAUCUAAGAUGUUUAGGAAGUGGAAAGUGGUCUAGACUGAAUGGCAGAUGCUCCAAAAUAUCAUGUGGCAAACCACAGAUCCAGCGCGAAAUCGUACUCUAUGGUCAUUCCUACUUGUUUCAAGAUCAAUUGAUAUAUAUAUGUCCUGAUGAUAAGAAGCGAGGAAUAAUUACGUGUCAAGCCGACGGGAAGUGGAACGAGUUGCCAAAAUGUGACAGAAGUAGGAGCAUGUAAUUCAGAGUAGUUAAAAUCAAAGGAUUUAGUAUAACGCCUCGUAAAAAGAAAAAUCUCCACCUUUUUGUAACAACACACAUGCUUUUUUUAUUUCUUUGUGACCUCUUGUAUCAAGACUCAUGAAUGUAAUAUAGAAAACGUAAUUGCGCAGUCUUAUCACGAAAUAAAUAAUUCAGUUUUGGAAUUUCCGGAGUAGUACAUUUGGAUAUGCGGCAAUACCUUAUCUACAAUUAUUUAUGCGCGAUUUAUCGUAAUCUUUAACUUUAAGAUAUUGUACUUCGGGUACAUACUUUUAUCGUCUCUUUUUUGUUUUUUUUUUUACUGAAAAAGUUGGUGUAUAUCGAUACAAAUAAUUCUUAUCUCAAAAAUUGGCAUUGUUAAGCUUGCACGUUCAUGUAAGACAGUUCAUACUGGCCGUGAGAAAUACUUCGUAAAUUUAAUUGUACGUUUUGUUCGUGUUUCGUGCAUAACACAUAACGACAAAAAAAUUUAAUUUUGUAAGAACGUAUAACGGUGUUGUGGAUAAAGUACUUCCUACACAUAUCGUUUGACACCGUAUUUAUGUUUUGGUUCGAACAUAUCGUACAAAUAUAUUUGCAUAUUACUACACUACCUGAGGAAGAGCAAUAAAGAUAAAUAAAGAUAAAUAAAG